CCCCCCACUUCUCCCCCUCCCCCUCGCGUUGUCCUAGGAUUUCCCGAUCUCUCGGGCGGGCGCUUGCUCGGUCGCGACCGGUGAUGACACUGGUCUCCGGUCGGUCUCGUGCUUGCUUCCCCGAUUCCUAGCCCAACUGGCUCUCCCUAUUGUGAUUGGCAUCGUGGAGCCCCUCCCACCUUUCGUCCUUCACCUCCCUAUGCCGUCGAUCUCCUGCCCUUUGUGCUUCUCUUCCCGUGCCCCCGAAUCAGAGAGGAGGGAUGAGGGCGAGGAUGGAUUUAUGUGUUUGUAGAGCUGUCGGCCAUGGAGCCGAGUGAUAGUACCAGUACCGCUAUGGAGGAGCCCGACAGCCUGGAGGUACUGGUGAAGACCCUGGACUCUCAGACUCGGACUUUUAUUGUGGGGGCCCAGAUGAAUGUAAAGGAAUUUAAGGAGCACAUUGCUGCCUCCGUCAGCAUCCCUUCUGAGAAACAGCGGCUCAUCUACCAGGGCCGGGUUCUGCAGGACGAUAAGAAGCUCCAAGAAUACAAUGUUGGGGGGAAGGUUAUCCACCUGGUGGAACGGGCUCCUCCUCAGACUCAGCUCCCGUCUGGAGCAUCUUCUGGGACAGGGUCUGCCUCAGCUACUCAUGGUGGGGCACCCCUGCCUGGCACUCGGGGGCCUGGGGCCUCUGUUCACGACCGGAAUGCCAACAGCUAUGUCAUGGUUGGAACCUUCAAUCUUCCUAGUGACGGCUCUGCUGUGGAUGUUCACAUCAACAUGGAACAGGCCCCAAUUCAGAGUGAGCCCCGGGUACGGCUGGUGAUGGCUCAACACAUGAUCAGAGAUAUCCAGACCCUCCUGUCCCGGAUGGAGUGUCGAGGGGGACCCCAAGCACAGGCCAGUCAGCCACCCCCGCAGACGCCAACUGUGGCCUCGGAGACAGCCUUGAGCUCACAACCGUCAGAACCAGUCGAGAGUGAAGCACCUCCUCGAGAGCCCAUGGAGUCAGAAGACAUGGAGGAACGCACCCCAGCCCAGACUCCAGAGCUUACCCCUUCUGGCCCAGCUCCAGCGGGUCCAACACCUGCUCCAGAGACAAAUACGCCCAACCACCCUUCCCCUGCCGAGCAUGUGGAGGUGCUCCAGGAGCUGCAGCGCUUGCAGCGCCGUCUUCAGCCCUUCCUGCAGCGCUACUGUGAGGUCCUCGGUGCUGCGGCCACCACAGACUACAACAACAACCAUGAGGGCCGUGAGGAGGACCAGAGGCUGAUAAACUUGGUGGGGGAGAGCCUCCGGCUGCUGGGCAACACUUUCGUGGCACUGUCUGACCUGCGCUGCAAUCUGGCUUGUGCACCCCCGCGGCAUCUUCACGUGGUGCGGCCCAUGUCUCACUACACGACUCCCAUGGUGCUCCAGCAGGCAGCCAUUCCCAUUCAGAUCAAUGUGGGAACUACUGUGACCAUGACAGGCAACGGGGCUAGGCCUCCACCAGCUCCCAGUUCAGAGGCAGCUUCCCCGGGUUCUGGCCAGGCCUCAUCCCUGCCUCCAUCUUCUACCACUGUGGAUUCAUCAACUGAAGGAGCCCCCCCGCCGGGGACAGCUCCACCCUCAGCUGCCAGCCACCCACGGGUCAUCCGGAUUUCCCACCAGAGCGUGGAGCCUGUUGUCAUGAUGCACAUGAACAUUCAAGAUUCUGGAUCACAGCCCGGUGGUGUCCCGAGUGCUCCCACUGGUCCCUUGGGACCUCCUGGUCACGGACAGACCCUGGGCUCCACCCUCAUCCAGCUGCCCUCCCUGCCCCCUGAGUUCAUGCACGCCGUCGCCCACCAGAUCACUCAUCAGGCCAUGGUGGCAGCUGUUGCCUCCGCGGCCGCAGGACAGCAAGUGCCUGGCUUCCCAACAGCACCAACUCGGGUGGUGAUUGCUCGGCCCACUCCUCCACAGGCUCGGCCUUCCCAUCCUGGGGGUCCUCCGGUCUCUGGGACUCUGCAGGGCACUGGGCUGGGUACAAACACUUCAUUGGCCCAGAUGGUGAGCGGCCUUGUGGGGCAACUUCUUAUGCAGCCUGUCCUUGUGGCUCAGGGGACUCCAGGAAUGGCUGCAGCUGCAGCUCCUGCCCCAGCUCCUGCGCCUGCCCCAGCUCCGGCCACUGCGUCAGCUAGUGCUGGUACCACCAACACAGCUACAACUGCUGGCCCUGCUCCUGGGGGUCCUGCCCAGCCUCCACCUCCGCAGCCCUCUGCAGCCGACCUUCAGUUCUCUCAGCUCCUGGGGAACCUGCUGGGGCCUGCAGGGCCCGGGGCUGGCGGGCCUGGCCUGGCCUCUCCCACCAUCACUGUUGCAAUGCCUGGUGUGCCCGCUUUUCUCCAGGGCAUGACUGACUUCUUGCAGGCAUCACAGACUGCCCCUCCACCCCCUCCCCCUCCUCCACCCCCACCCCCUGCCCCAGAGCAGCAGACCACACCCCCACCAGGAUCCCCUUCUGGUGGAGCAGGGAGUCCUGGAGGCUUGGGUCCUGAGAGCCUGCCACCGGAGUUUUUCACCUCGGUGGUGCAGGGCGUGCUGAGCUCCCUCCUGGGCUCCUUGGGGGCUCGGGCUGGCAGCAGUGAGAGCAUUGCUGCCUUCAUCCAACGCCUCAGUGGAUCCAGCAACAUCUUUGAGCCUGGGGCUGAUGGGGCUCUUGGAUUCUUUGGAGCUCUGCUCUCUCUUCUGUGCCAGAAUUUCUCAAUGGUGGAUGUGGUGAUGCUUCUGCAUGGGCAUUUCCAGCCACUGCAGCGGCUCCAGCCUCAGCUGCGAGCUUUCUUCCACCAGCACUAUCUGGGUGGUCAGGAGCCCACGCCUGGCAACAUCCGGAUGGCAACCCACACACUGAUCACUGGCCUGGAGGAAUAUGUGAGGGAGAGUUUUUCUUUGGUGCAGGUUCAACCAGGUGUGGACAUCAUCAGGACAAAUUUAGAGUUUCUGCAGGAGCAGUUUAACAGCAUUGCUGCUCACGUCCUGCACUGCACAGACAGUGGAUUUGGAGCCCGGUUGCUGGAACUGUGUAACCAGGGCCUGUUUGAGUGCUUGGCCCUGAACCUGCACUGCUUGGGGGGACAGCAGAUGGAGCUUGCUGCCGUCAUCAAUGGCCGAAUUCGUCGCAUGUCUCGUGGAGUGAACCCGUCCUUGGUGAGCUGGCUGACGACCAUGAUGGGACUGAGGCUUCAGGUGGUCCUGGAGCACAUGCCUGUGGGCCCUGAUGCCAUCCUCAGAUACGUGCGCAGGGUCGGCGACCCCCCUCAGGCCCUUCCUGAAGAGCCAAUGGAAGUUCAGGGAGCAGAAAGAACUUCCCCUGAACCUCAGUGGGAGAAUGCUUCUCCAGCCCCUGGAACAACAGCAGAAGAAGCCAUGUCCCGAGCCCCGCCCCCUGCUCCCGAGGGGGGUUCCCGAGAUGAGCAGGACGGAGCUUCAGCUGAUGCAGAGCCUUGGGCAGCUGCAGUUCCCCCAGAAUGGGUCCCUAUUAUCCAGCAGGACAUUCAGAGCCAGCGGAAGGUGAAACCUCAGCCGCCCCUGAGUGAUGCCUACCUCAGUGGUAUGCCUGCCAAGAGACGCAAGACAAUGCAAGGUGAGGGCCCCCAGCUGCUACUCUCAGAGGCAGUGAGCCGGGCAGCUAAGGCAGCCGGAGCUCGGCCCCUGACAAGCCCCGAGAGCCUGAGCCGGGACCUGGAGGCACCAGAGGUUCAGGAGAGCUACAGGCAGCAGCUCCGGUCUGAUAUCCAGAAACGACUGCAGGAAGAUCCCAACUACAGCCCCCAGCGCUUCCCUAAUGCCCACCGGGCAUUUGCUGACGACCCCUAGCUUUCUCACCAGGGGACCGUUUCCCCCUUCCUUCACAGUAUUUAAGAAAUAAAAGUCGGAUUUUCCUGGC